AUGAAAGCUCCAGAUGGGCUACCGCCACCUCUAUUUGCUCAACCGCUUUUGCAUUGGUUGGCCAAUGUCAUAUCGGCGAGGGCAUCUUCGGAGCUCACCACUGUUGAGCAAGCGCUUUCUCUUAAACCUCCCAAAAGGGGAAAUUUCCGCAUCAUAGAAUGGGAUCGUCACAUGAUUGAUAGACCUGUUUUCCCCGAGUGGACACGGAACGGUCCAACCGACAAGACACGAAGUCCAGAUUCGUGGAGUGACGAAGUGUCAAAAUGGGCAAAGCGAGCGGGCCUCACAAACGGCACGGGUCUUCAUGCUCCUCGUCGUGAGGCUCUCAUAAAAUGCAACGGUACGGCCCUGGACCUGUCGUACAGCUAUUCCCUUGGCCAGGUUCUUCGCUUUGCUUCUCAGCACAACACGCAUGUGCUUGUCAACCAUUAUCUCGGCAAUAUGUCAACCAUCGACGGAGCAGGUACAUAUCUCAACAUGCGGCCGCGGACAGACCUGGUAGAAGACUUCCGAUCUGCAACCAUGCGGUGGAACCCAGGUCUUUACUUGUCACUAUCCGCCAAGGACAAGGAAGAGCUGGAAGGCAGUCUGGAGUACAAAGCAGUGACUAGAGGAAUAAAUGAGCUCAGCACACGAAUCCGCGAAGCCACGACUGAAGAUGAGAAGCAGCAGUUGAAAUAUCAACGACGCCUUGAAUAUGAUCGACGGAAGGCGAUCGAAAACAAGCGGCUCAGAGAAAUCCAGGCCGCCCAGAAGAUCAUUUACGAUCGGGGCGACGAUCCGCAUGAACAACAUGAUUGGCGCCAAAUACACUUCGAUCGCAUUUCACACAUGCUUCCUCCCGAACGCCUGCGCCUCGCAAAAAGCAUGACAUCGCGGGCAUGGCCAAGGAGCUCGGAGUGGGUCAGUGUGUUGAAAGACCUCAUCGCUCUGCGUGAAAACAACGACAACGCCGCGUAUCAGGAAGUUAUGCGCAUUCCCCCAGCAGAGAGGUGGCAGCAUGCUUACGACUGUCACGAAUCGUAUUACAAAGCCACCUCCAGCUUUGCGAAAUUUUGUUUUCAUUGCAGCAAGUGGGUGGCGGGUCAAGGAGAGUGGAAACACCACUGUCAAUCUCACAUUGACAGUGGUGAUAUCCCAUUUCGAUGUGACCCGAUAGUGUUCCGUCACGCUGUCGCCUGUGCUGGAUAUUGCCCGGUUCACUUGGGGCGACAAGACUUGCCGGCCCACCAGCGAAUGACACAGUAUGUCGACAAGUCUUCAUGGAAGCGUCACCUGUCUGAUUGCCUCCCGGCAUAUAUCAUGGGUCAAGACCCGAGCAAUUUUGCAUGCCCUCAUACCUUAUGCCCAGCCGUCUUCAAUUCAUCGGAUGAUCUAUGGCAUCAUCUUGAAGACGUGCAUAGCGUUCCCAAACCAAAGACCUCUCCUUUGGGUAAGCGAAAGACGCCACCGGAGCCUGAGGUCACUGCAGCAAAGAGAAGAAUCACCGUUCUACCACAGCGGAGCUCAGUGUUAGGGAACCCCUAUGGUGUCGGCACAGCACCAAGCGACAACAUCAUUUCCUUGCCACGCGGCCAACCACUACAGGUUGAUAGCAACGAUCCUGCCACGUUGCUAUGCUCUGUAUCAGGCAAUGGCUACACGGAAUGCGGCUUUGAGUACUUCGAACCUCUUGCUGAAGCUGAUGCCGACCUCCUGGAUUUUGCUACGUUAGCAUCCCCCGCCUCCGCGGCGGAUCGUACAACUCCUACGAUCUCAGGCGCAGACCUGCAAGAGUGCGUCGAUCCAGAUAUUCUGAGUUCCGGGUCCACCCAAGCUCAAGCUGGUAGUGCUGUUGAUGCGUCCGACUUGGACAGCGAUGCACCCCCCAGUCAAAGUUCUCGAUCCUACUUCGAUGCGGAUGAUCUACAAAGCUCAGAGCCCGAGUACCCCAUCGAAUGCUUGCUUGCAAUGUGGAAGUCUCAGAGAUCGGAGCUAUUUCUGGUCAAGUGGGUGGGGGGGAGUACAAGUUGGGAACCCGAAAUGAACGUUCCUGACCAGAGCAUUGCUGAACUCAAAAGAACUUAUCGGGGUUUCCGGGACGGGAUUGAGAUACUACAAACGCAGGUCAGGGGCAAAGCACUGUGGUACAAGAUACUGUUCUUGAAUUUCGACGGAGCAGACGAAGAUAGGUCCUGGUGGGUGCCAGAGAAGGCAAUGGACCCGGAAGUCCGCGUCAAGCGCGAAACGAAAAACAAGCGAAGGCGGAGGAAGCAUAGUUAG